AUGCCCGACGAGUACGGCGACGAGUCCGACUUGUUCGAGAUUGUUGAUCGCACCACUGCUGCUGCUCCCAAUCCUCGUCCGCCUCCACCUGCUCCUGCCUCCGACAAUGCACGCAAGGUCGUCCAACCCACUCCUCAAGCGCUACCUGCUCGUAAAUCCGCUUCGUCCAUUCUCGUCUCUCCACGCCAGAAAGGAAACCCCAUCUUGAACAGUAUCAAGUCUCUGCCCUGGGAGUAUUCAGACAUCCCUGCCGACUUCGUUCUUGGUCAGACAACGUGUGCUCUCUUCCUGUCUCUGAAAUAUCAUCGCCUGCAUCCUGAAUACAUUUAUGCCCGCAUUCGCCAGUUGGGCCAAAAGUACCUUCUUCGCAUCGUUCUGGUCAUGGUAGACAUUGAAAACCACCAAGACCCUUUGAAAGAGUUGUCCAAGACCUCCCUCAUCAACAAUGUUACCUUGAUGCUCACCUGGAGUGCCAACGAGGCUGGCCGCUACCUGGAGCUAUUCAAAUCAUGCGAGAAUGCUGCUCCGACUGGCAUCAAGGCCCAAAAAGCAGCCACCUUUGCCGACAACCUCGUCGAGUUCAUCACUGUUCCUCGCAGCAUCAACAAGACUGACGCUGUCGGUAUCGUUUCAAACUUUGGAAGCGUGCGCACUUCAGUUAAUGCCCGCCCAGAAGACCUAGCCCAUAUUGCUGGUUGGGGUGACAAGAAAGUCAAGGCUUGGUGUCAAUCUGUCCGUGAGCCCUUCCGUGUAACCAAGACCAAGCGUCGCCUGAAUCGAGAAGACUCAAGACCCACUCAAAACACCGUCGAACAAGACAGUCGUGUCGCUGCCAGACUUGGUAUUGGUACACAUUCUUCUGUCAACAUCUCUCCUGAGGCCAGCACUUCUGUCGGGACGUCCGACGCAGACAAGAGACCCAACGUCAGACUCGCCGAUGAUUAUGAGCCCGGCGCUGAUGAGGAAGAGGCCAUGGCAGAAGCUUUUGCACUUCCACCUCAAACAUCUGCCGUACCAAAAGCAGCAGCAGCAGUACCUUCGGCCAACAAAUUGCAGACCGCUGAUGAGAACCUUAGUGAGGGUAUGAUGGCUGCGCUGGCCAGGUUAAGACAGACAUGA